GGCCCGCAGCGGCGGCGGCGGCGGCGCUCCCAGCCGGGCCGGUGAGCACCGUGGGCCGCGUGUCGCGCCCCCCGGCCUGCCCUCGCCCGCCGGACCCGCUUCCCCGCGUCAUGGCCUUGGUGCGGGACGCCGAGCCGGCGACGGGGCCGUCCCGCUGGCUCCCCACGCACGUCCAGGUGACGGUGCUGCGGGCCCGGGGGCUGCGCGGCAAGAGCUCGGGCGCGGGCAGCACCAGCGACGCGUACACGGUGAUCCAGGUGGGCCGCGAGAAGUACAGCACGUCGGUGGUGGAGAAGACCCCGGGAUGCCCCGAGUGGCGCGAGGAGUGCUCCUUCGAGCUGCCGCCCGGAGCCCUGGACGGGCUGCUGCGGGCGCAGGAGGCCGACGCGGGCCCGGCGCCCUGGGCCGCGGGUGCGGCCGGCGCCUGCGAGCUGGUGCUCACCACCAUGCACCGCUCGCUCAUCGGCGUGGACAAGUUCCUGGGCCAGGCCACCGUGGCGCUGGACGAGGUCUUCGGCGCAGGCCGCGCCCAGCACACGCAGUGGUACAAACUGCACUCCAAGGCUGGCAAGAAGGAGAAGGAGCGGGGAGAGAUCCAGGUCACCAUCCAGUUCACCCGCAACAACCUGAGCGCCAGCAUGUUCGACCUGUCCAUGAAGGACAAGCCACGGUCGCCCUUCAGCAAGAUCAAGGACAAGAUGAAGGGCCGCAAGAAGUAUGAGCUGGAGUCUGCCUCGGCCAUCCUGCCCAGCAGCGCCCUGGAGGACCCCGAGCUGGGCAGCUUGGGCAAGAUGGGCAAGGCCAAGGGCUUCUUCCUGCGCAACAAGCUGCGCAAGUCCUCCCUGACGCAGUCCAACACCUCGCUGGGCUCCGACAGCACCUUAUCGUCCGCCAGCGGAAGCCUGGCCUUCCAGGGCCCGGGUGCUGAGCUUCUCACCCGCUCGCCCAGCCGCAGCAGCUGGCUGUCCAGCGAGGGCGGCCGGGACUCCAUGCAGUCCCCCAAGCUGCUCACCCACAAAAGGACCUUCAGUGACGAGGCCAGCCAGGCCCGAGGGGCUCCCAUCCGUGCCCUCCUGGAGCUUCAGGGCCACCUGGACACGGCCUCCCGCUCCUCCUCGCUGUGCGUCAAUGGGAGCCACAUUUACAACGAGGAGCCCCAGGGCCCCCCGCGGCACCACCGCAGCUCCAUCUCGGGCCCCUUCCCACCUUCCAGCACCCUGCAUGGCCUCCAGGCGCGGCUCUCGGACGAGGGGCCUCCGCAGGCGGAUGAGCCCCGGGCCCGAGGGGCCCGCAGCGGCAGCAGCUCAGAGGUGGCCCUGGGGUCUGAGGACCCAAGUGUCCAGGCCAGAGCGCCGGGAGAAGAGGCCGGGGUGCGGGUCAUCGAGGGCAAGCCGGUGCAGGUGGCCACCCCCAUGGUGGCCGAGAAGGAGGCCGAGAAGGAGGCGGCGCGGAAGGAGGAGCGGAAGCCCCGCAUGGGCCUCUUCCACCCGCACCACCCGGGGCUGGGGCGCAGCGAGUCCGGGCGCCGCAGCUCGCUGGGGGAGCGAGGGGGCCCUGCGCCGGGGGCCUCCCCCCACCACACGUCCAGCGGGGAGGAGAAGGCCAAGACUAGCUGGUUUGGCUUGAGAGAAGCGAAGGAACCCACACACAAACCCAGCCUGGACGUGUCUCCUCAGGUAGAAUCUGACCCAGCUGCUGCUCCUCACCACCUCCCCUGCUCCCCCUGUGCUCGGGCCCCCCCCACUCCUGCUCCCACCGCUGCUCCCAUGCUAAGCACUAACCUUUUUGCAGCCGCCUCCCCCGCUGCCGCUGCCGCCUCCGCCUCCGCCGUCGCCCCCGAAGGCACCCCCGAAGCCACCCCAACCGGACUCUUGGGUCUCACCAACCCGUUCCUCACCUCCAUGCAGAGCAACCCUUUCUUCGAGGAACUUGUAGCCGACAUAGCACUAAACUCUCCUUCACCUGCUCCCUCUCUCCCCAGGGCCUUGAGGGCCAACCCUGCCCCCCUGGCCUCCCCCGGGAUAGCCCCGCCCGAGUGGGACGACACCUUCAACGUCUUUGCCUCCGGAAGGCUGCGUGCAGAGGCCGGGCACGCGGGCCCGGUCCCCGAAGGCGAAGGCCCGGGGCUGGAGGCCGCUGGCGUGCACCCCGCGGGCCCCACCGAGAAGGAGGCUGAGCCCCAGGGGGAGCCCGUGGGCCGAGGAAGCGGUGGGAGCAGCGAGCGGCUGGAACCCCGGCCGCCCCUGGACUUGGGACUGGCCGGCCAGAGCCCGAGUGCGGCUGAUGAGGGGCCCCCCGGGUCGUCGGUCGCUCCGGGCCUGUCCUCCACCGAGUCAGCCCCUCGGCAGCCUCCAGCUGUGGAAUGGGAUGCGGCCCCCGCCCAGGAAGCAGGGCAGAGUCCAGCAGACAGCGGGGCCUCUCGGUUCAGUUCCCCGGAAGUGAUCAGUGUGUGGGAGAAGCUGCCUGGCCCUGAUGACACCUCGGAGGGCUCGGACCAGGGCCCCGCCCAGGGCGCCAGCCAGCUGUUCCCCGAGCUGAAUGCAGCCACCGCCGCAGACUCCUGGCCCUGGGACGUGGUCACCAUUUCGCCGGCCGCCGAGACGCCCUCACCUGUCCUGCCCCAAGAGCCCGAGCAGCAGCCGCCCAGCCCCAGCCAGCCAGAGCCACUGGAACCCGUGAGUUCCAACGGGAGUGAGGGGCUCCCCCCGGCAGAGCUGGAGCUGGAGCCAGAGCCCCAACUCGAGUGGGGGCUGGACCAGGGGGUGCAGCCCGGCACGCCCCCUCCCAAGCCUCCUCGCCUCUUUACACCCUCUGAUUCCAAGGAGGAGUCAGGGGGCCCGGGCAGCAGGGGCCCAGAGCCGGCAGGAGAAGAUGCAUUCCCCGCGGCGGUGCUACUGGUUGGGCCCCCGGACGAGGGGGACAAGCCGGCGGGCCCUGGCCUGGAAGAGCCCGUGGAGGGUGCCGGCUCCCCUGAGUCUGGGUCCUGCAGCUCUCUGCCUGGAGUCUUCCCUGAAGGUUCCAACCCUCUCCCCUGCUACUCAAAGAGCUUGACCUUUCGGAGUGAGCAGAUCUGGGGGUCCCCAGAAAGAGGAGAAGGUCCUGAGGCCCCCCAGGCUGAGAGCCCAGGCUCAGCAGGGAAGGGGCUUGGGCCCCAGCCACGCAGCUCCCAACUGGCUGACUCGUGGGCCUCGAAGGAGGACGCCUUCAACCCCUUCUUUCCUCGGGGGAGCCAGGAUCCCCCCAGCUUCCCGUCCACGUCCCCUCCAGGGUCCAGGGAGUCUUCCAUCCCCUCCGAUCCCGAGGAGCUGCCCACGCCCCCAGAGCCUGCCUUCCCCCCACCUCCUCUCCCGCCCUGGGCCAGCCAUCGCCACGGGGCCCCCAGCCCUCCUUGCUCUCCCCUGCCUGGAGCCUGGCCCCUGACCUCCUCCUCCUCCCCGCCCCCCGGGGAGCCCGCCUCCCCACCUGGGGGCACUCCCACCCCACGUGGGGAGGACCACGCUGCCGCCACCCCAGCCUCCCCGCUUGUGCUUCUGCCCUUGGAGACACGACCAGCUGAGGAGCUGCAGCCCGCUGCCAGCCCGCACCCCGUGAAGCCCCUGAGCGCUGCAUCCGUGGAGGGCAGCCCCGAACGGAAGCUGUCACGUUCCAGCCUGAGCACCGCCCUGAGCAGUGGGCUGGAGAAGCUCAGGACCGCCACGUCUGGCAGCGUGCAGCCCGUGGCACCUGCCCCGCAGCAGGGCUCGGUGGCGGACACCAAGAGGCUGAAGGACUCUGGGGUGCUGGACCAGUCGGCCAAGUACUACCACCUGACCCACGACGAGCUCAUUGGCCUGCUCCUCCAGCGCGAGCGGGAGCUGAGCCAGCGGGACGAGCACGUGCAAGAGCUGGAGAGCUACAUCGACCGCCUGCUGGUGCGCAUCAUGGAGACCUCGCCCACCCUGCUGCAGAUCCCCCCCGGGACCCCCAAAUAGCUGUCCUCGAUCCCCCCACUCCCACAAGGACCGAGGUGGCCCCACCUCCCAGUUUGGGCUCGCGACCUCCUCCCCCAUCCCUUUUUAAGUGUAACUAGCCUUGGGGGUCAAUCAAUGGGGGGGCAGGGGGUAGGGCUGGUGCUGAGCCCUUCCCUCCAUGUCUCUCCCCCGUCCCUCCGGCCUCUCAACCUCAAACCGGGGCAGCUGAAAUUGAGGGGCCCCUGGGACUCCCCCUGUGGAGGCAUCUGGCUCUGCGUCCCAACGGUGCACCUUCUGGAAGCCUCCGGAGCUUUCCCCACC